GCGAGUAUAACAAUGUUGUUAGUGUUGGGCACGAGUUAGGCCUAGAGAAGAACUUGUUGGGAGUACCAGUCACAAUGAACAGUACAGGUAAUUUGACUGUGGUGGAUUUCAGUACUGUGAAGUUGAUCUGCAACACACUGGAAAAUGUAGUUAAAAGAUCAUUUGGACCUUUUGGGCUACAAACCUUAAUGUCUUCUGAUACCGGCCAUUUGGUUGUAACCAAUGAUGGACUGACCAUGGUAGAAGCCUUACACCUGUCCCAUCCUAUUGCCAGAUUGGUCAUCCAAUCACUGUCAAAAACAGUUCACUUUACUGGGGAUGGCAGUAAAACAUUUAUACUGUGGCUAGCCAGAUCUGUAAGUGGUAUAGAGGAGGAAAUCUUACUAAACAAUACACAGAGGACUCCAAACAAUGGAAAUUCUUGUAGUGUGGAAAACAAAUGUAGAAUACAAAUGAGUAGAAAUCUUCAGAAAAUUCUCCCAGAACUUUUGAAAGGUAUUGUGGAAUAUGUUUGGAAUCAUUCAGCAGUUUGUCCUUGUAAUACAAGUCUGGACCCAGCCAUUUCACACAGGAGAGUAAUUCACUCAGUCCUUAGACCACAUUUUCCACAAAAUAUUUCAAGCUUUUUCACAGAGCUUCUAUGUAAGAUGGUGCAGUUUGACAAUGAUAGAGACUUCAUAACUUGUCUUCAGUGCCUGUCUGAUGAUUUUGAAAUGCUGUGCAUCAAGGUAGUGAACCAACCAUAUACAUCCUCUAGCUUACUGCAGUCUUUUGUUAUCCAGCGAGAUUUCACAGUUUAUUGUCCACAGAGUUUGAAAGGAAAUGUUAAGUUUGUAAUUCUUAGAUGUUCGAUAGGUCAAUUGACUACAGAAAAGAAAAACAAUGAAAAGAUUAAGCUGACAAAUUCGCAACUUAUUGACCAGUAUUUACAUAAACAAAAGAAAUUAAUUGAAGAUUUCAUCUCAGUUUGUCAACAUAACAAAGUAACCCUCAUCUUAAGUACAGAAAAAAUUCCAGACUUUGUUCAAGCAAUCUUCCAAGCCAGUGCCAUUUCUCUCAUCCACUACGUAUCCGAGGAGGAAGCAGAGUUCCUACAGACCAGUCUGAAGAUACACCCCAUUACUAACUUAUUUGAUACUGUUGAAGAAAACAAUAUUGGUUUCUCAAAACAAUGUAAUGCAUUGGUGAUAGCUGGCCGCAGAUGUGUUCAUUUGAACCUCACAGAGCUGCCCAAUAUGCUACUGGUAUGUGGACUGUCAGAUGGAUUGUGUAAACAGGUAAUGUUGGCCUUCAGCAAAGCUCUGAAGGCGCUUCUACACUAUCACAAAAGGGAAGAUUUGAUUUCCAUUUUCACUCAAGGGGAUUCAACUGGUCAAACUCCAGAAAGCCUGGUGAAAAUUAAUCCUAUAUGUACUGAUGACAUCACUGAAAGAGUAUUUGAACAUUCCUCAGAUUAUCGUGAGACCUUGUUGACACCAGGAGCUACUACAGAAAGUUCUAGGCUAUGUGUUUGUAGUAACUCUGUGCCAGGCAACUGUUUUGAGUUUAUGGCUGCAAAAUAUUGCCAGGAUAGGGCCAGGGAAAUUCGGGUAUCAGAUUUAGAGCUGUCAACUUUAUAUAAGAUUAUCUCAAAAAGUCUACUCUCAGUGCCUCAGGCACUGCAUGAAAACUGUUGUGGAUCUCAAAGAGACCGGGUCAAUUUUAUUGCAAAACAACAGUCUGUGUUUUCAAUAUUGAACGGAGCAGGGAAAUGUGAGGAUAUUUUACAACUCAUAGGUUAUAGUGCUGGUGAAUGUCUUGAGCCUCUGAGUAGCAAACUCCAUUUGUUGUCCACCGUUAUAGAAUUAUUAAUUCAGCUUCUCAGAAUUGACUCUGUUGUUGGAGUUAAACAUAUCCAUAUAUAAAACCCUCUGCCUGCCUGCUCUAUAUAAAACACAUGGAUAUGAAAUAAAUCUUUGUUUGCAGAUUAA